AUGGAAACUGAAGUGACACCAGGGCCGAAAUCCAACGGUGUGACCAACGGAGGUGCCCGAAUUGUGGAUGACGAUGAUGAAGUUCUCAGUCCGACUGACCUGUCCGAGAUGUUAGCGGAAGGGACCAAGGAGUCCCACGACAGAGCAGAGAACUGCCAUUUUGUGAAGGAUUUCCUCAGGGGGCGAAUCAAACGAGAGCUGUUCAAGAGGGGCACCAUGGCUCUGUACUAUGUCUACUCGGCCAUGGAGGAAGAAAUUGAGAACAGAGACCACCCCCAGCUCGCUCCAAUCUAUUUCCCCACUGAGCUGCACCGGCGUGAGGCCCUAGCCCGGGACCUGGAGUACUUCUACGGAGACGACUGGCAGGAGCAGAUCAGCCUCUCCCCAGGCACCAAGCCUUAUGUGGACCGCACCCAUGACGUGGGAGAGAGGGACCCAGUGCUGCUGGUGGCCCACUCCUAUACCCGCUCCAUGGGUGAUCUCUCGGGGGGACAGAUCCUGAAGAAGGUGGCCCAGCAAGCACUCAAGCUCCCUGCGACAGGCGAGGGUCUGAACUUCUACCAGUUUGAGGGCAUCCACAGUCACAAAGGAUUCAAGCAGCUUUAUCGGAGCAGGAUUAAUGAGCUGGAACUGGACGCUGAGACCAAGGAGAAACUUGUGGCCAACUUGGCAUUUGGAUUCAACAUGAUGGUGAGGGAGUGGGGAGGGUAG